GAUGCGAAAUUAAACAACCAACCCGAUUUUGAAAGCACAUUAACACAAAAGGACACAGCAAAAACGGUUACAACGCAGGAAAGGAACGAUGCGUUUGGGGCAUCGAUAGAUGUUUUGGCUGGUACGUCCAUACAAAAGAACAAAUUGACAGGCCUUAAUCCAUCAGGAUGGUUACAGACAACAAACAGCGAUAUUGGAACAAAAAUGGAAGAAGUACGGGAUGACCUUAGCAAGGAAAUAGCGACCGCAGGUGAAACCCAACUAACGUUGGAAUUCACUCAGAGUAUGCUUAAAACAAGUCAGCAAGCGAUUGACGAGUGGGACGAAUUGAAGAAAACCGACACGGCAGUAGGCUCGGGUAAAAAAAUCGUGGAAGAGGAGAUAAUUACGAAAGGAAAACGAAAAUCAUUAAAAGUGACAAUCCACGAAACUGAUAAGGUUUCCGUAAAAGAUAUUUUUAAACUAAUGCAGUUUUACCCUGACAUAUACCAAAGUCAAGGAUUAAAACAAACAACGUUCGAAGUUCCCAUUGGUGGAGCAAGACGGAAGUUUCGUUUAAGCACGAGCAGUCCAAAACGAGGAGGUGUACAUCAAAUAGUUGUUCCAACGCUUGAUUCUGAUUGGCCUGGUACCACCAAACGAGGCAGAAAAGGCAAAGGUGGUCUUUGGCUAACUGAUUACAAUACAAUGGUAGAUGGAGUUCUUGGUAAGUUUCCAGAUCAAGAUAAACUAGGAAAAGCUAUGCUGGAAGCCGUUGACGAGAAACUUAAGAGCCAACCUGAUUUCUCCAAAGAUCUAGAAAUUACCGGAAAGGCAAAAGAAACUGCGGACGCCACACGCGCUACCGUAGAAUUCCUGGUUACUACAAUGGUUGCAGAAGCGGCUCAGCCAACAGAUGAGUUUAAAGCCAGUUUUUUGAAAGAACUCGCUCAGAAGAUAAGAAAUCAAAAGAAAUUCCCAGAAAGUAAAGAUAUUCCCAGCUUGGCAAAGUUAAAAGACAAAACAGGAAGAAGUCCAGCAAUGGAUGAAUUAGUCAGAGACAUGCUUAAAAAUGUCGGUUCCACGGGAAUAAGAGAACGUAUAGACGAAGUCUUCAGCAAAACUAACUUUAAAGUUAGAUUAAAUCCAGGUGGAACUGAAAAAGGGCGCGUGUUAAUACAUGCAGAAGGAAGUGGAACAGUCCCUUCGUACCUCAUACGUAAACGUGCAGCUGGAGAUCAUGAUGGAGAGGUUGUUGCUGCAAAGGUCGCCAAAUACUGCACAGGAACAAAACGCCGAAGAAAGCGCUUUGCCUGUUCGCUUAAUGAUAAAGACGCCGUUGCUGUUGACGAGGAUUCUAUUAAAGUUGCUAAGGAAAAAGUUGAAUUUGACGUUGUGGAUCGGCGUAAUGCCAAAGAAAGAGAGCAUGUUCAGUUACAAAUAAGCCCCGAAGAGCUGGCAACACCUAAGCUGAUUAAGGACCAUCUAUCAAAAUCUAAAAUAACGGGAGCUAGUAAGGAGUACGCUAAGGUAAAUAAAGGUCUUGCUGUUCAUGGCCUGAUAUUUUCCGUUCUCGGCGCUGUUAAUUAUUUCCAGGAAGGUGAUGAUCUACGAGGCGCCAUUUCCGUGGCCCAGUCUGCCCACACACUAGCAGGAUUAACGGGUCUCAACGAGAUAGUUUCAAAGGUUGGAAAAAGAGUUAUAAGUAGUGCGGCUAAAGGGUUGGCAAAAGGGUUAAAUCUAGAAAAAGGCUUGGAAAGGUUUUCCACGAAAGUUGAAAGGUUCGCAGAGAGAGGAAUUGGAGAGAUGCUUGGUGCCGUGCCUGUUGUGGGAAUUGCAUUCGAUAUCUACUUUAUUGAACAAGACAUAGAACAAUUGGCCAAUUUAAAUCUCAACGACCCCGAAGACCUUAAAAUUUUACCACUGAGGGUGAUCGAUUUAGCACUUGAUGUUAGCACGACGGUGCUUAACCUAAUAGGAACAUUUUGUCCGGCAGCAGAAGUGAUUACUGAGCCUCUGGUGAUAGUCCUCUCAAUAAUACGAAUGGCUAUUGACGACUUCUACAUCGAUAUUAUGGCGGAGAUGGAAAAGGUUAAUUGGAAAAGUCCAUGGGCUGGUUUAGAGUUCCUUGCAGCUCUGGUCAAAGGUUUCUUAGACGGAGCGGCAGAUUUCUUAACGGGUGGUCUACGAAGACAGAUGGAGUCUUAUGGCAAGCAAGAAAAAUAUGACAAGGAACUCAUCCGGAAUCUGACAAACCCAGAUAGCUAUUAUAAGAUCGUUGGAGAAAAAAAUGGAGGAGGGGAAACGAUCGACUUCACCCAAGGUAUGCUAUCAAGUAUGGGUGGCUAUAUCAACUUUAGACUACACGAUAACAACCGGGCUACAUUGGAAAUCGGAGAUGUCCCUGGCAGCCAUAAUACAAUACGCAAAACGUUUACAGUUGGCCCCAAUCUAAAGGAUAUUGUUCUCGGUAUAGGCGAGUCUAGAAGUUUUAACUACAAACACGAGACUGCCAAGUUGUGGUUCGUAAUUCCAAUCAAGUCUUAUAAUGUAAUUUGUGGAGCUAAUAUUCAUGAAAAGUCUAUUUAUGGCACUUAUUAUGGAAACUCUAAGGAUAACAAGUUUUAUGCGGUACAGCAUCAGAAGCCAACAACAAAACCCCCAGGAAAAAAGGAUGCAGAAUGUAAUUUUGGAAAGUUAAAUCUUAAAUUUGUUACCGGAAAUUAUCACUACAAUCUGUAUGGGAGGGGUGGUAGCGACACUUUUUAUCUCGGACCGGAAAUGUCCACUGUCACAGGAGGAUCUGGAAGUGACCUAUACAUUAUCCAGUCAGAUGGUGGAAAAACAAUCAUUGACAAUUUUGCUGAAGAUAACAAGCGUGACAUCGUUGUAAUAAACGUUGCUUUUGAUAAUAUACAAUGUCAUCAGAGUAGCAAUGAUCUUGACGUAACGUAUGCUCAGAGUCAUCACAUUCGCAUCAAGAACUGGUUCUCUGCUGGAGAUCCAACCUACUACCGCCACGUCUCAUUUCGAAGUCAAGAUGGAGUAAUAUUCGUUCCAAAACAGACCUUGAAUAGCGAUGACAUUCAUGUCGUUCAGUGUGUGGCAGUUGCUCUUGAUCUAGGUGCAGCAAAGACAGCUCAAACUGUUUCUCUCAUGAAUGCGAAAUACAGUCAAGUGAGACAAGUGUCUGGAUCCAAUAACUCUGAUACCAUUAUCGGUAAUGAUUUAAACAACAUCCUGGAAGGAGGCCGUGGAGCCGAUCAGUUGACUGGGGGAAAAGAUGAAGAUACUUACAUCAUCAGAGCAAAUGAAGGCUGCGAUGUUAUUGACAAUAAUGCCGAAGAUUUCUUAAACACCACUGAUAUUGUCGUGUUCGAUGUGCUCUUUGAUAUGAUAGAUGUUCAAAUGAAAGGAAAUGAUUUGUCUGUUACUGACGGCAACAAUGCACGAAGCUCAUGCUUUACAAUAAAAGACUGGCGACUAGGAUAUCGGCACAGACAUAUACUAUUUACGUCUGGAGACCACGUCGUCUUCAACGUCUCUACCAGCCAAAGCGGAAGCGUAUCCAAAGUACCUAUCAUGCUGGACUACAAGGCAUCCGUAGUUGGAAUCUGCGUUGAUUUAUCGGAUUCACCCAGUCCAAACUGCAUCAAGCCAACUGGUUAUGAUAAAGUCGCCACCGUUUCCGAUUCCGCGCACAACGACCAUAUAGUUGGAAAUGCGCAGACCAACUUUUUGAGUUGUAGUGGAGGAGAAGAUUACCUUGAGGGUGGUGAAGGUACAGACAACUAUGUUGUAAAGAAGACAUGCCUAAAGGCAAUCAUCAACAAUUUUGACAAUCGCAAAAAAGUUGAUUUGCUGCAUAUAGUGGAGACGUUUGACAACUUAGAACUGUUAAAGAAGGGCGAUAAUUUAAGAGUUAAAUCAAGACAUGGAACACCCACUGUGGUACUUCGAAACUGGUUUAAGUCAUCUGUUAACCAGCACCUUGGGAUAAGAACCAUCGACGGCAUUACCUUAAGAAUAAACAGCACGGCAGUAAAAUUCGAGCCAUACGAAGUAUCUAAAGAUCCCACAGAAUGUCAAUGCACACACUCAGGCUGUGAUAGAGGGCUUGUAACAUACAAUCUUAGCAGUGAUCCUUGGAAAAAUGUUGUCCGUUUUCAGUUAAAGUCAAGUCACUGUAGUUACAAAAUAUACGGGAAUGGUCUAAACAAUUAUCUUGACCCAGGAGCAGGAAAUGGUUAUAACUAUCAGCAUUUAGAGGGAAAGAACGGAUCGGAUACAUACGUGUUUAACCACGGAUAUGGCGAGUUCAAUGAAAUCAAUAACUUUGCGGAUGAUAACAAGACAGAUACCCUCGAGCUUGGAAUAGAAUUUGACGACAUUCAGGUGUAUUUUCACGGUCAAUAUGAUGUCAUUCUUGAAUCCAAAGCAAGACCAAGCUCACUCAGUGUUCGAAUUUUGGAUUACUUCCGCGGUGUGAAGUAUCAGCAUCUCCAGAUUACAUCAGCAGAUAAAGUUGUUUUCAAUAUUUCCAAACAAUAUCCUUUUACAAGGGUCGUCGUGGUCGACCGUAGAAUCAUCGAUUCUCCACAAAUAAUUGAUCCUCGCAGAAACAGUAUAAUUGCCACAGCUGAAGAUCUUAAAGGAUCACUUACCUCGGCCAAUAACCUGAAGGGCAGUAAUACAACAAGAGAAAUAGAAGGUGGUGCUCAGGCCGACAUUUUACGUGGAGGACAAACGGGGUCAAUAUUUGAGGGCAAACAGGGUAACGAUUCCAUUUAUGGUGGUGCUGGUAAUGACGUUAUUUUUGGUGGGGACGGGAAUGACGUCAUUUAUGCCGAGGCAGGAGAUGACUAUAUUUAUGCUGGGAACGGUCCAGACAUCGUCCAUGGCGGUAACGGCAGUGAUACUUUGGCUUUCAAAGGUGAUGGAGUCUUGAGCAAAGGAGUCACUGUUGAUCUUAAUAUUGGAUUUGGUAAGGGAGCGGAUGCAGAAGGCGAUGUCUACCAGAGCAUUGAAAAUGUAUACGGAACGAUUCACAACGAUUCCUUAAUUGGAUCCGAUUCCAAUAACAAACUGUAUGGCCUUGAAGGAAGUGAUACACUGGCUCCUCUCGGUGGCGAUGACAAACUUGUAGGCGGUGAAGGAAAAGAUUUGUAUUUACUCUAUAAAGCUUCAGGGUUAAAAAUCAUCGACAACUACGCGAAUGAUUCGAUUGAAGACACCCUUUCUUUGGCUCACCUGAACUCUACUGAUGUGUGCAUCUUUUUAGUCGGCAACGACCUACACCUACAAGCUGACCGAUCUAACUUGGCGUCUGUUCUUUUUCACGGUGAAUUGUUGACAGUCAUAAUUACAAACUGGAACGUGAAUGCUAAGUACAGACACCUUACGGUUUUAUUUAAUGACACUUUGUGGGAAGCUUUCGCUUUAUCUGGUAUCGUUUCAAUAUUGGACAAGUUAGGAACGAGUGUUAACUAUGUCGAAAACAGCACCAAAUUGAAGGUUGUGUCUACAAGCGGAACCAGUGCGAGUUUAUCUUGGAAGCAAGCAAGCAGUCCUUUGACACAUCCACAAACUAAGUUGUAUCUUGUACAUUUUAAACAAAUAGAACCCAGUAGCCUUAAAAAACAACAAGUGCUUGGUAAAACAGCACUUACUGUCUCGCCUAUUGAUCCAAACGUCCACUACGUUUUCGCUUUGGCAUUAACAAAAUGCAACGCAACACUUGCCGUAUCCCAUACACUCAUAACCUAUGGACGCAAAAGAUCAUGUCCAACAGUACAGGUUCCUCACUCUGCUGUUCAGUAUACUCCAACUUCUACUGCGUCAACUCCAGCUCACGGUGCAAUUGUCAAAGUGAGAUGUAAUGCGGGUUAUAACAUUCGCAAUCACCACACGGAACAAAAUGCCACAUGCUUAGAUCAAAAAUGGAUCCCUUCCCUUCCAGUUUGCAAGAAGAUAAAGCAAUGUCCUGUUCUAACAAAGCCGACCAAUGGAGAGGUUUCAACCAGUGGGCUCGGCGAAGGAUCGAAAGCUUAUUAUGUUUGUCACAAAGGAUUCUUGCUCAAUGGACCAAAGGAACGAAUCUGUGUCGAUGAAGCCUGGGAUGGGAUGGUUCCUAAUUGCCAGCCACUUAGUUGCCCAAGUCCACCACCAAUUGAUCAUGGGUCGUAUCUUCCCUGUGAUUACGUAAAGCAUGCAAAGACUUAUGGCACAAUGAGUAAUCCCCUCGAAGGCUACUGUGUCAAGCUUCAAUGUACGAACUUGUAUCGACCAAGUCACGUAUUUCAUGGAAAGACGCAUCGCCCUCGAUGGGAAAGCGACUGGAAGAUACCUCAGGGCGGUCGGGUUUGUAGCGAUGGAAAGUGGAUUGGUUAUGUGGACGACAUCUGCGACGCUACUGCUAGACUUGUCAGCGUGGAAGAUCGGUGGAAUAAGAAAAGUGGCAAACUACAACUUUGGCAGAAUGGAGCAUGGGUGGAUGCUUCCUCUUCCCCAGCACCAAACAUUAUCAAUCUUUCCUGUAGAAGUGUGGCUAUAGACGAUCCUCAGUAUGUAACGCACACUUCGAGAAGCUCCACGAUACAGGUGACAUGCUCUAAGCUACGACUGACACGGCCGAAGCCAACUAUAUAUGAGGGAAGACUAGAGGUAUUAAAUAACGGAAACUGGGAAGGUGUAUGCGUCACGGAGACGAGGACUGCUGCAAGUCAGACAGCAAGCAAUGAGAUUUGUGAGGCACUUGGCUUUAACUAUAGAUCUGCUAUAGUGAGCAUCAGUACUGGCUGGACAGACCACAAGCUUGUUUGUUCACCGUAAGUUAAUGGUAGAUUUGUGCUGAUAUAACAGAAAAUGAGAGUGAGAUGUCAUUAAUUCGUUUUUUAAUUCCCUUUGUAAAUCAGAAAGUAAUGAUAGGAGAAAUUUAUUUGUUUUGUUAUAUUUCAAUUUUUUCCUUCAUAAAUCAGAAAGUAAUGAUGGGGAAAAUUUACUCGUGAAAUAUAUAAUCUUUCUAUAAACCUCUAACUAAAGAUGAAUUUUGACGUUAUUCUUGGACCCAGGGUAGCUAAGACAUACUUGGGCGGGUUUCAUUGCUUUUCCUUUAAAAUUGGUCGGAGUCUUAUUUGCAGUUAGAAUAAAACUAAAUAAAACUAAUAAAAUAAUUAAAAAGAAAACUAAAUUCGGUUUACCACGAUGGGCACAAAUGACGCCUGAACUGCUCUCCUAGAGACCCCUUUUGCAGUUUUAAUGCGCUUGAGCUCUAAAUUUGCUAAAUCUAUAAUCAUUGUAUCCAAACAGACUUACGGGAAAAUGACGUCAUUUAAUACCAUAACAAAUAAGUAGUUUGGAGGAGCGUGAUGAGAUAGAAGCGGGUGGAAAAAUGUUGUAAAAUGAAACGGAUAUAAACUGCAAAAGCAGUUUCUGGGAGAAGUCGUUAAAAGCGUCGUUUGUGAGACACGUCUACGGCUUCUUUUUUUUUACCUUUGCAUUUCGUUUGAAAUUAUGCGUUGAUUCCCUUUCUCGAAAUUAAAAAGUAUAAAUAUAUAUAAUAUUUUUAUCAAAGCACGAAGACGAAUUCUGAUAUGAUUCUUGACCCGGCCCAGGAUAGAAGCUAUAAUGCGAGACUGAAAAGAUUCAAAUGUAUACUUGAUUCCCUUUCUUGGCUUUAAAAUGUACAAUAUGGUAAACAAAGCUAAUGCUGAAUUCAAAGUACAAUAUAAAAAUCAGAGAAACAUAUAGCUAACGGUUUACUGUACUAAAACUUAAACAGAUGCAAUUUGGUGGCGAGAAGACAACAAUGUGGUACCAUGGUGAGAUGCAGACAGAGGUGCACUAACAGUUUCCCAGUAGCUCAUGGAUAUGUCAGAUGUAGUGGUAGCUAUGAAGACGACACAUGCACAGUUCACUGUUACAAUGAAUACAAACUCUCUGGAGACUCUAAAGUUUAUUGUAAAGGAGGAGUCUGGACGAGGCAAAACGGGCAACCCGCUUCAUCAAAUUGUAAAAGUAUAGGUAAGUAUCGUGGUUUUGAAUAGUGGUAGAUCAGUAAAUCUGAUGUUAAAUGAAACUUAUUCGCAUGCGACUUCAUUUGCAUUUCAACGUGGUCGAAGUGUUUGGCUUUAUGUUGCCUGUAGCAAAAUUAUGAGCUCAUAUGGCAUGUUAUUUAACUUGAAUCAGGUGCUUUUUGUUUUAACGUGCAAAAAGGUGGAAGUGUUUGGUUUCGUGUUACUUUCAGAAAAACAUGAUGACGUACUCGGUCAUUUUUCCACAAACACAAUAGCGCCACAAAGCUCUCCCAAAGGCGACGCAUUAAAAAAAUUCCUGCAAAAUAUGAAGACUAAGUAUCCAUACCGUUCGUUUGCAAUGCAUCACAAGUACGAAUUCUCCAGGACGGUUGGAGGACUUGAUAGAACCUACACAUAAUUAACGCACUUUACAGGCAUACAGCUAAGCUAAGGUUGUUCACCUUUUUUCGGCGUUGUUUUGAGUGUAAUGGUAAUGCUUAAGAAUCGAGAAGUAAGCAGGAAAAUAGCGCAGAAAGAAAGAAGUAUAAAGAAAAAUAAAGUGAAGGGUAUGAAUAAAAAAGGCAAGCCUUAAUUUUUUCGCGUCUUUAACUGCGAUGAUCCUUUACAUUUCACUUUAUUACUUCAUUCCGAGGUUCCAAUUAAUAAGAAGUUCAUAUAAUUUUCUUUUCUUAAAAUAUGAUAACGUAAUUUGCUUCCCUUGUCUCAUGAGGAUGUUUCUUUUACUCCCAACGAUACUUACAAGAAUCUAGUCCAUCUCUUUUUCAGACUCUCUUUACAAGGAUGACGUUUCGAACCUUGUAAGCGCGAACAGAAGAGCAAGCCUUUCCGCGUUGGCUACGCUGUUACUAAACCAUUUAAGGAGAAAUUAUCCCAAUCAAUAUUGGGUGGUUACUGUAUAUGACCCUGUUUGGACCUAUGAAAACCACGCUCUUUAUGGUUAUGACUCUCGUCGCGCCUUUAAGUUUAGACAUGCUGGGGUUAACUAUGUUGUUACACGAUAUCCUAAAUGUUAUGCUAGAACUCCGAGUGUAAAAAUCUCGGAUGUGGUGGGGUCGGUAAAUGGAAUUGGUGGCAAAGACAUCGCCCUAAACGUUCUUAAUAAUAUUGUGGGUAAGUUUCGCGCCCGUGGCAUGAGUUAUUCCUCGAUACAUGUUAUUAGAAAGAGGAGGUCGGUAGGUUGGUGGCUGGAUAGACGUAAAAUUGGUAUUUGGGUUUCCACUCGAGGAGAUAUACCUACUGCAAACUAUUUUUGGAAGGAGUUUUCUGAUGUUUACGUUAUCGUGGUCGCUCCUUAUUAA